AUGGUUUCCCUUAGAAAGUUGGCGAGUGCCAGGGCCCCCCUUAAGAGGCUCCGGGCGUGUCCUGCACAUCCCUUAGGAUGGUUUCCCUUAGGAAGUUGGCGAGUGCCAGGGCCCCCCCUUAAGAGGCUCCGGGCGUGUGCUGCACAUCCCUUAGGAUGGCUUGGUCGUCGCCCUGCGUCUCCCGAAGGACGCUGCUUAUGGGCAACUGUGUGUCUAUCCUGCCUCCCUUAG